UGCGCGAAGCGGUGUCUCGUUGCGAGGGGUGUGUGUUGUGUGUGUGUGUGUGUUGCGGGAUGCUUGGGCUGGCGGCUUGACUCCCAGCUCGGAUUGUGUCAUCGGUCGAAUCGCCUCGCCGUUUUCUCUCGUCAUCGUCCGCCUGUGAACGCGUCGUUUCCGCGCAGUCAAGUAGGCUGAGUUUGCGUUAGUCGAGGACGGUGUGACAGAAGCGGCGAAAUAGAGACGUCGUCUCCGAUCGAAGGAUUGUUGCGACUGUCUUCUGAAGCCGAGCUCGGGUUCGGCUUCGAGACCUCGUCCCGUGCGGAUUACUGGUGUGGCCGAUCACUGGAGACCUUUCGCUGUGCAGCGUCCGCGGCGCUUCCACUGGUUUCGCGUGCUUUGUGAACAGGUGCUGCUGCCGCCUGCAUACCAGCGCGAUCCCCCCUUCUGAUCGGCGCCUGGGCUCCUCCCAGCUCGGCCGCCGUCCGAGCGGGUCGUCCGCUUCCUCCUCUCCACUGGCUUGCUUCUCCCCUUGGCAAAAACCAGCUCGCGCCGAACACUGACCUUGCAAGAAAUCGCUGGGUUGGCCGUAGCUGAGGUGUCUCGUGUGUUUGACGGUCCCUGCAGGAAUACGUGGUGUAUUUUUUUUUAUUUAAUUGUUAAAUCUUGACAUCGGCGGUUGUGACCGUACUUCCACGCAUGCUGGAUUAGACUCUUCACACAGCUCGUGUUCGGCGCACCGGAAGACAGCCCAUCUGCGACGUAUUGGAUUUUCCAAACGGGCCAAUUGGACUGAUGACGCUGCUGCUAUUACCAAGGCUUAAUUACGGCUGAAGGGCUGGCCCGUGUCUGGCGGCCAUGACGAGGCGGGACCGCUGGUGGGCGGCCUGCUCGCUGCUGCCGCCGCUGCUGCUGCUCCUGGUGGCGGCGGCGCCCCCCUCGGCGCAUGGCCUCUGGGCGUCGGCGCUCCGCCAGCAGCCCGGGUCGCCGGCGUCGUCGUCGGGGGCCGCGGCACAGGAGCUGCGCCAGGCGCCCCCGGGCAACGGCACCGGCAACAGCACCGUGCCGGACAAGCCGGCCGUCUUCACCGACCCGUCCACCGAGAGGUUCAUCCACAUGGCCGUCAACAGCUACACCGGACAGGUGUACAUUGGCGCUGUGAAUACCAUCUACCAGCUGUCGAGCAAGCUUGAGCUGCAGGCGCGCGCCGUCAUGGGUCCCGAGAAGGACGACCCGGGCUGCCCCGUGACGCGCUUCUGCCCGUCCAUCACCAAGAAGUACCACGACUACUACAACAAGGCGCUGGUCAUCGACUACCCGCAGAGCCGGCUCAUCGCGUGCGGCUCGCUCUUCCAGGGCGUGUGCACCGUGCACAGCCUAGAGAACAUCACCAACUACCGGACGCCCGCCAACGAGUCCGUGGUGGCCAACAACGCGACGGCCUCGACCGUGGCCUUCAUCGCCAACGGUCCCGAGCGGCUGUCGCGCAUGCACGUCCUCUACGUGGGCGUCACCUUCACGGGCAACGGGCCGUACCGGUCGGACGUGCCCGCGGUCUCGUCUCGCAGCCUGGACCUGAGCAACGACACCUUCUCGAUCGCCGUCACGGGCGUCUCGACGGGCACCAAGGUGUUCGUGAACAGCCUCGCCCGCGAGGUGUACCCCAUCACGUACGUGUUCGGCUUCAGCUCUCGCGGCUUCUCCUACUUCCUGACGGUGCAGAAGCAGUUCACCGAAGAGCCCAAGCCGUACAUCUCCAAGCUGGUGCGCAUCUGCCAGAACGACGUGCACUACUACUCGUACACCGAGGUGGCGCUCGUCUGCCAGACGCCCGACGGCAUCCACUACAACCUGGCGCAGGCCGCGUUCGUCGGCAAGCCGGGCUCCGAGCUGGCCGUCUCGCUCGGCAUCACGGCGCAGGACGAGGUGCUCUUCGUCGUGUUCGCCAAGAGCCGCGACGAGACGGACGUGUACAACCGGCCCAGCCAGAAGUCGGCGCUGUGCGUGUACGCGCUCACCGCCGUCCACCGGAAGUUCACGCAGAACAUCAACGACUGCUUCAACGGACAGGGCGUCCGCGGCCUCGACUUCAUCAACCCCAGCAACCCGUGCCAGGACACGCAAGUGCAAAUCAACGAUGACUUCUGCGGCAUGGACGUGAACACCCCGCUAGACGGCAGCAAGCCAGUGAACGCGACACCCGUGCUGACCUACUCCAACGUGCUGCUCACAUCGGUGGCGGCCGUGUCCACUCACGACUACACGGUCGCCUUCCUCGGAACCUCCAACGGACACCUGAAGAAGGCCGUGGUGGAGUCCGUGACCAACGCGUUCGAGUACAGCGACAGCGUCAUCGAAGAAGGCAAGCCGGUCAACUCGGACAUGCUGUUCGACAAGAACGGCGAGCACCUCUACGUGAUGACCGAGCGAACGGUGACAAGGGUGAAAGUCCAAGAGUGCCACCAGUACAAGACUUGCAUAGACUGCCUUGGUGCUCAAGACCCUUACUGUGGCUGGUGUUCACUGGAAAACAAAUGCAGCCUUAGGAGCAACUGCGCUGAAGCUGCCCAGGACCCACUGUACUGGCUUUCUUACAAAAGUGGCAAGUGUACCACCAUCACCAGUGUGCAGCCAGCGCAGAUCCAACGAACCACUGCUCGCAUUCUGAGCCUGGUGAUUGGCAACCUUCCUGUGCUGGACGGCCAGUUCUUCUGCGCCUUCACAGCCUUCUCAAAAACUCUGGAGACCAAUGCCACCCGCUUGACCAACGGUGUCAGCUGCCCCACCCCGCACACGGACUCCCUGCCACCAAUCCCUCCGGGCGAACAUCAUUUCACUGCCAAGUUGUCUGUGAGGAUGAAGAGCAACCCUGACUUUGUAGCGACCAACUUCACCUUCUACGACUGCAGUACCUACACUUCGUGCACCCAGUGUGUCUCCAGUCCCUUCCCUUGUGACUGGUGUGUCGGCGGGCACCGCUGCACUCAUGACACGGGCGAAAACUGCCGCAACGACAUCCUCGUCACGGGUGUAUCGAGUGUGGGGCCAAGCAUUCGGUCAGGACCAGGGUUCUGCCCACGUAUCAAUGCAACCACUGGCAUUGCCACUGAGAUUCUCGUGCCAAUGGGCAUCAACAAGCGCAUUCAAGUCAAGGUUGAAAAUAUUCAGCCUUUUAUUGCCUCUACGAGAUUUGUGUGCCAGUUCAACAUUGAAGGCAGAGUGAAGCAAGUGAAUGCUCAACUUCUGGGAGACACAAUAUAUUGCGAGAACAUGCAGUUUAACUACGGCACACAGGCUCCUAACAUCACUGCUGCAUUUGCAGUCAUCUGGGAAGGUAGCAAGCCCCUGGACAACCCUGAGAAUAUCCAUGUUCUCGUCUACCGAUGCGAGAACAUGUCAGAGAACUGUGGCCUUUGCCUGGAACUUCCGGAGAAGUACGCAUGCGGUUGGUGCCAGCAGAGCAACUCGUGCAAGGUGCAGGAACAGUGUGAUGGUCAUGCCACCAAGUGGCUUGAGCGCACACAGACUUGCCCUGAUCCACAAAUUACCAGGAUCUACCCAACAUCUGGGCCCUGGGAAGGUGGCACCAACAUCACCAUCGAGGGCUACAACCUUGGCCGAGUCUUCCAGGAUAUCCAGAACGGCAUUCACGUGUCCAAGGAGGUCAACGGAGUCUCCCUUGCCCAAAUUCCCUGCGUCCCCCACAAGGACUUGUAUGUCAAGACUACUAGAAUUGUGUGUGAGAUCGAGAGCCCUCGAAACCUGACGACGAGCCCCCCGAGUGGCACCAUCUCGGGACCCGUCAUUGUCAAGGUCCUCAACGACUACACGGCCAAGUCGAAGCAGAAUUACUCUUUCGUGAACCCACGAAUUACCUCGAUAAACCCAAGCAAGGGGCCGAAGUCUGGAGGCACAAGGUUGCUCAUCUGGGGUCUACACAUGGACGCUGGCAGUCAUGCUGAAGCAUUUGUUGGGGGAAUGCCCUGCCAGAUCAUCACGCGAGAGCCAAACGUGGUGAGCUGUAACACCAGUGCAUCGACGACGUUCAAUGAGGGCAAGGUGCGGGUCAAGUUUGACAAGGGCUUGCGUCUCUUUGAGGACUACAUCUACCUCUACGUUGAGGAUCCCGAGAUUGAGAAGGUGGAGUCUGGCUCUGCCAGGCACUCCAGCGUCCCACGAGGAAUUCCAAGUGGCGGCAUCACGGUGACUGUCAAGGGGCGAAACUUGAACGCAGUUCAGGAGCCGAUGAUGUACAUCACUCUCGACGGCGAGGAACACUACAGUAGAUGCAUCCCAGACUCAGCCCAGCAGAUGAAAUGCAAGAGCCCAGCGGUUCCUAAGGACAAGCUCUCGUUCGGAGGCAACCCAGACGUCCCCGUGGAGCUGGAGUACGGCUUCCGCAUGGACGCCGUUGAGCAAGUGCGAAAUCUGUGGUCUACCAAGGGCUUCCCACCUUUCCAGAUGUUCCCAGACCCUGAGUAUUUCCCCUUCACGGAGAAGGACCAGAUAAAGUACUACAAGAGUGACUACCUUACCAUCAAUGGUAACAACCUGGACCGGGCAUGCCAGGAGUCUGACGUGAUUGUGCGCAUUGGGACCAGCAUCUGUAAUGUGACUUCGCUGUCGCGGGUGCAGCUCACCUGCCGUCCGCCGACGGACCAGCCGCCGGCCCAGGACAGGAAUGGGAACCCUGACCGCAACCAGAUCCCACAAGUCGUGGUGGAGGUCGGUGACAAGCUCAAGUUCAUGAUUGGCCGGCUGAGCUAUGACAUCCCCGUGGGGCCCGAGAGUGCAGUGCCUGUCCCGGCCAUCAUUGGGGUCAGCGUGGGCGUCGGCGUACUCGUGGUCAUUGUGUUUGUCAUCCUCAUCGCGUACCGCCGCAAGUCUACUGAAAGCAGCCGUGUGCUCAAGACCAUGCAAGAGCAGAUGGAUGUGCUUGAGCUGCGUGUGGCCAGCGAGUGCAAAGAAGCCUUUGCCGAGCUUCAGACUGAGAUGACCGACCUCACAAGUGACCUGACAGCGGGGGGCAUUCCAUUCCUCGACUACAGGGCAUACACAAUGAAAGUUCUGUUCCCCAAUGUGGAGGAUCACCCAGUGCUCAGAGACAUGCAGAUCGACGCUGUGAAAAAGCAGUGCAUGGAGAAGGGACUUUGGUAUUUUGGCCAGCUCGUCAUGAACAAGACUUUUCUCCUUCUGUUCAUCAGAACUCUGGAGUCCAACCGGUACUUCUCAAUGCGUGACAGGGUGAGCGUUGCAUCGUUAAUCAUGGUGACACUGCAGGGCAAGAUGGAGUAUUGUACAGAUAUCCUCAAGACACUGUUAGCAGAACUCAUUGAAAAGUGCAUAGAAGGCAAGAGUCAUCCAAAGCUACUUCUACGAAGGACUGAGUCUGUAGCGGAAAAAAUGCUUUCAGCGUGGUUCACAUUUUUGCUCUACAAGUUCCUACGGGAGUGCGCGGGAGAGCCGCUGUUUGUGCUCUACCGCGCCAUCAAGCAACAGGUGGACAAGGGCCCAGUGGACGCCAUCACAAGCGAAGCACGUUACUCCCUCUCGGAAGAGAAGCUCAUCCGGCAGUCUAUCGACUACAAAAGCAUGACAGCCUACGUCUCGAUAGCGCAGCUGAGCUACGAGCUCGGGGAAAACAACGAGACGCCUGUGAAGGUCCUCGACUGUGACACUGUGUCCCAGGUCAAGGAUAAAGGACUGGACGCCAUAUACAAGAACAUGCCUUCCUCCCAGCGGCCAAGCAAGGAUGACCUGGACUUGGAAUGGAGGACUGGCAAUUCAGGGCGUCUGAUCUUAUCGGAUGAAGACUCAACGACCAAGACUGAAGGAGAGUGGAAGAGGAUGAACACCUUGGCCCACUACAGGGUGAAUGAUGGGGCGAACCUGACCCUGGUUCCCAAGCAGUCGUCCAUGUACAACCUUUCCAUCAUGUCCGAGAAGAUGGAGAAGUCUCACAAAUAUGAGACCCUGAACUUCUCUCUGAAAACGAGCCCACCACUUAGCCGGGCAACUUCUCCACUGAACCAUGAUCCAGAGACCGGUUACAAGUACUGGCAUUUGGUGAAGCAUCAUGACAGUGAGAACAAAGAAGGGGAGCGUGGAAACAAGAUGGUCUCUGAGAUCUACCUCACCAGGCUACUGGCCACAAAGGGCACCCUGCAGAAGUUUGUGGACGACUUGUUUGAGACGAUCUUCAGCACGGCCCACCGCGGCAGUGCCUUGCCACUGGCGAUCAAGUACAUGUUUGACUUCCUGGAUGACCAGGCGCUGCAGCACGGCAUUACCGACCCCGAGGUGGUUCACACGUGGAAGUCCAACAGCCUUCCCCUGCGGUUCUGGGUGAACCUGAUCAAGAACCCCAACUUUGUGUUUGACAUAGUCAAGUCCAACAUAGUGGACUCAUGCCUGUCAGUGGUGGCACAGACUUUCAUGGAUGCCUGCUCAACAUCUGACCACCGGCUGGGCAAGGACUCCCCCAGCAGCAAGCUGCUGUAUGCCAAGGACAUUCCCAUAUACAAGGACUGGGUUGAGAGGUAUUAUCAGGACAUCAAAAUGAUGCCAGCCAUCAGCGAUCAAGAUAUGAAUGCCAUGCUGGCAGAAGAGUCUAGGCUUCACGCUCAUGAGUUCAACACAAAUGUGGCUCUGCAUGAGUUGUACAAGUACGCCUACAAGUACACAGAUCAACUGUUGCAGACCUUAGAGGAAGACGAAUUCUCCCAGAAGAACAAGCUGGCUCGGAAGCUGAGCCAGGUGAAUGCCAUAAUGAAUGGGGAGUCAGAAGCAUGACGGUUGCACUGGCACUCGGUGGACGUGUGACGCGAGCAAGGACCUCAACAAGCACCUCCUCUCUGCGCGGCGCACGCGCCUGCGCGUGUGCUUGCGACUUGGUGUUCGGCAGGCAACCUGCGUUGCCGCUUCGGCGGCGCUUUUUGGUUUCUCCCGGUCCCUCCUCCGGCAAGCGUCUGGAGACGGUGUGUGUCAACCCUCCACUGAAUGCCACGCAACAUUGCCCCCACCACCUCGCCCCCUCAAGUUCUACUUCGUGCCGUUCCCCCGAGCCCUCCCUUAGGUCACUCUCGCCCCUCUCGUCUCAACCUUCUCUACACAAGGGCCACAAGGCACAGAGUGGUUCUCUCGCUUCCUCCAAUGACAGCAUCCAUUCCUUGUGUUGUGGUUCCCGUGCCAGAUGAUGUGUGUGAGCCAUGCCAUGGCCGGGGGUAUCAAGUGACACUGGCUAGCCCCAACGUUGGAGCGAGAGUAAACAGCAGUCUUGACGAUGUGGUGCAACUUGGCAUAUAAGUAACAGUGAAUGUUCUGAAGGCCACUGCAUUUUUUUAAUGUAUGUAUUAUAUUUUGUGUGGUUGCAGCUGUCCAAGCUGACUGUAUCCUGCCUACAGGCUUACUGCAGUGACCCUUAUAGAGUGCACAUUUUCACUUCUAGAGGUAACAGUUUUGCUGGUGCUGAUAUUUGUGGUUGCUUUUGAUUAUGUCUUCAGGUAGCAUCAAUAGGAGUUAACCUCGCAGGAGGAAUUUGCAGGUAACUGCAGUACAAGGCAUUCUGUCAGAACAUGUUUAGUAUGACAUGCGUGGUGCCGCAGUUGCCUGUAAAUUCCUCCUGUGAAUUUUAUACUCUGAUCAAUGUUACCUUCUGACGUGGCUUGAUAGAACUGUGAGAUCAAAACUAGCAUGACUGUUACCUUAUAAUGUGAAAACUCGCAUCUUUAUAAAUGUUACUUUGAUAAGAGCGCAUGUGAAAUGAUUGGCACACAAAUUGGUGAGUCGUAGCCAUACAUCACAAAUUGAGGUGGUACCGUAGACCUGUGCUUGCCUUCUUGUCAUCAAUACUCUUUGGCAGUUGGCUGUUCUUGCACUUCAGAAGAUCACGCACUGUGCGAGUGGCAAAGAGAAGACCUAACGUGCGACAUUUUGCUGCACUUGACAAUGCACUCAUGUCAAGUUGUGAAGGCCUGUCAUCUCUAUGGCAAAUUAUGGGCCUCACAUUUGGCAUUGAGCAGCUUAGUGCCCAGAUGCAAUUGCCACAAAGUAUUCUGUUGACAGGACAAAUUUUAAUGCGAGUUGUAAAGCCAUUUCAAGGCUUCUUGAUUUAGGAGGCUGCAACGAGCACUUUCUUGCGCAUACCUGCCGCCAUUCUUUACCAGAUGUCCACAUUGAGCACAGUGCUGAUUUAGUAGCCUGUAACUUUUGUGGAACAGCUGCUGACUGUUUCGACUGCCUAUGUUGUUGGCAUAAUGGUCCAGCACCAUGUGCUGAAGUUGGUGUGGUGAUAAUAGUAUUGACCAAAGUGAGCUAUGUUGUCAGAACUGCAUUUUUCUCUCAGUCCUACUGGGCUCAUCGGAGAAAAAGGAACUCAUUUUUCCAAUAUUGCUUUCACACGGCAGUAUACAGCGCUCUGAAUUUUGUGAGGGACACAAGGUGAAAGGCUUCCCAUGGGAACAGCAGUGUUAAAUUUUGUUUUUUUUUGUUAUUGCUUUUAAUUGUCGUCAUUGCGCCACUUAGAUUUCUUAUUACUUAAGUUCACUGUGCAUGUCUUUUAGAAAGAAAAUGGUGCUCAUUCGAGUGCUGUAUUGUGAGUGUCCACAUUCUAAUACCAUGGAAGACGUGAGGUCCACGGGCCAAGAUAGGCAGGUCCUUUAUCAUAAUUUUCAUUAUCUUUACUACUUUCUUUCAACAAUCAUAAAAAAAUUCACCCAAGUAAUGUAAGCUGUGAUUGCAUGCGCAAGGUUGUUUUACAAUAAUUAACAAUACUGCCGAACAUAGUGGCCUCUAUCCUACUUUAAUAAUUAAGAUACAUGUGAUUUUAAUUUUGUUUUAUUUGGGUUUUUUAAAGCUGAUUUUGUGCCUAGUACUUUGUAGAAAGACAUUUUGUAUUUUUUUUUCCUUCUUACAGUGUGGCCUUCAGUUUUUAGAUUGUAAUUGAGGAAUACUUAACAUUGUUGCAUCCGAGUAGCCUUGUGACUCAAAAAAUACGCCGUGAGACAGUGUUGGGAAGAAAUAUUUUGUCCCAAGACUUGUGCGUGUUGAAUGUGUUUCAAUUGCCCCUCAACACCACUGUGGAUAUGACGUCUGUUAGACCUACAUAUCAGCACCUGCAAGGCUCAGCCAACCUCUUAUUGUGUGCGGACCUUGCCUUUCAAGGCCACUCUCGUGACUGAGCGUGUGUUGUGUGCGUGUGUGUGAUGCGUGCUCACUUCGCCGAAAAACGCCACGGGAUUAACAGCAUCAUCUUCUGGUUCUCAGAAGGUAGAAGACAGUCUUUGGAAGAGGAGAGAACUGCUAUAAGACUGUUCUGGAAAACUGUGUCAACUAGCGCUGCGCGGUCUCGCGAGACAAAAAAAAAAACUUUUUAUGUGUUAUGUGUGUGUGUGUGUGUGAGUGAAGUUGAGAAGAUGAAAGCUGGACUUCACUGUGUGCUCUGCUCACUAGGCUAACAAACAAACAUAAAAAGAACUGCAAAGGUGCUGUUGCAAAAGCUGCUUUAGCCUGCUCAUUGGCAAAAGGCAAAAAGCCAGGGAUGGGCGUAAAGCAUAAGAAAGGUUCUUUCUCAUCCCACUCAUUUUAAGUCAUGAGUAGUGCAGUAGUGGUGUGGUUGGCUGUGUUGGAGAGCUGCUUACUGAAGUAUUUCAAAAAAAAAUUCCCACUACCGGUGUUUACCAUUUGGUUAAUCUAUAGAGCUCUCAUAACAGGCAUUUACUCACUUACGCAGAAAUGAAAAGAUAAAGGAAGGGUGUUGCAUUCAUGAGUAUUUUAAGGUAAUCUUGAUUUCUGGAUCUGAUAGUGUUCAAACAUGCAGUCAUACUUUUUUUUUCUUUUUUUUAAUUUCAGUUUAUCGGACUCUUGCUAUGGCAGUCAUUCAGUGGUCACUCAAGGGUUGUCAUGCCUGAUAAAGUGUUCAGAGAGUUUUCUUGUUUCCUAUUUUACAAUGGAGUAUGCAUUUUAUUUCUUUCUGGUCUGGCGAGGAUGCCUUCAGUUUAUGAUGAUAGAAAAAUAGGCCCUGUUGCGGACCUAGUGGAUGCCUCGUUUCUUAGCACCAAGGUCCUGCAUAGUAUUCUAUUUCCUGCAUGCAAAGCAAACCUUAACAAGCACUUCUUUAAAAGAGCUCUUACUACGCAAAAUCUUUGUUCCAAACGGGCAUCGGCCAUAAAUGCAUAAUGCCGGCAGCUUUCCGGACUGCUUUGAAUAAGUGGUGUAAAGAGAUUGCCCUUUGACGAGCUAGACUAAGCGUAAUAAUGGCGGCAGUCUACUCCUUUUUGUGUUCACAAUCAUAACGCUUUCAUUCCCCAUCAGCACAGGUGGCACCAGUAUCCAUUGUUCAAUCAAAAAACAUCAACUUAGCCAUGUGCCAAGAUGUAACGCUUAAAUGAUUGUCACCAAAGGCAUUCUUGACCUAAGCCCUCUUCGGACAGAAAGGUCAGGCAGCCUGCCUGUUCGUGACAGCAACUUGUACAUGCCUCGUUUUUUUUCUGGUGCUUUGUUUUUCUUCGGUGAGUCACACCCAAGAACCUUGUUGCAACGGUGUUUCUACAUCUUCCAAAGCAACCCCCCUGCCCCCCCCCUUCCUCUCAUAACUGUCUUGAUGCUGCUGCACUACCUAGGCAGGCACUUACUGUGGAGCCAACAGGGCACGGAGCGGCUGCGUUUUGCGAGCCCCGCUUUUUGUACAUAGCCACUUGCACCCAUUUCCGAUUGUGUCGUUCUUGAAUCUACGUGGUGUGUAUGUAUGUUUUGCGGACCUCUGGAGACAGUGUUUUCAGCCGCCAAGAAUAUAUGACGAGAAGUUAUGUUGCGCUCUCUCUCUUUCUCUCUCCUACCACGUUUUAUGUGAGUGUGCAUGCGUAUGCGAGAAUGUGUACCCAUUGUGUGAUGUGAGCGAUCAGUUGCACUUGUAAACAAAACAAAAAAAAAAGGAGAAUGGACUUGUGUGCUAAGGCUAAGGUGUGAAAACAAAGCAACCAGACUUUUGUACAAGAAACUCACUUUGUAACAUAUUUAUAGCAUACAUAUUUUUAUUAUGGUAUUGGUUUAGAGAAUUCACUAUCUUGCUCAAGUGAUUUCUUUCAUUAAAACAGUGUAUGAAAAACA